UGCAAACGCUUGUGCUUUCAUAGCUAUUGAUACCAACACAGCAGCAUGGCGAACAGACAACGGACUGAGACUUUAUCUCAGUUAUCAAUGGGGACGCAAACAACAUGCCUCGGUGUCCUGUGGAUUUUAUUUAUUGGAUUAUUUAAUGUAGCUAAUGCCAAUAAACAAGCAUUCAUCCAGUCAGACACAAUUUUAGAGGUGCUACAUUUUGGUGAAGGCAGCCUCCUGGAGACAGAGUCUGACCUUGACUUUAGUUCAUAUCAUCAAAAAAGCUCAUCCCUCCACCGGGGGAACUUCAGGCCCAUGAGCUUCGAGCCGCCCAUGUUGGACUUCCAUGAGCAGCCUGUUGGGAUGCCAAAAUUGGAGAAAGUUUACUUGCACAAUCCAAGCUCAGAAGAAACAAUCAUUUUAAUAUCAAUAUCAGCUGCAACAGCACAUUUUCAUGCAUCUUUUUUUGAGAAUAGGAUAAUUCCUCCAGGGGGAAACACGUCAUUCGACGUCGUCUUUCUGGCGCGAUUAGUGGGGAACGUGGAAAACACAUUAUUUAUUAACACGUCGCACCAUGGAGUAUUUACGUACCAGGUGUUUGGUGUGGGAAUCCCCAACCCCUAUAGAUUGCGGCCGUUCAUCGGGGCCCGAGUUCCUGUGAACAGCAGCUUUUCACCUCUCAUAAACAUCCACAACCCCCACAGCGAACCUCUGCAGGUUGUGGAGAUGUAUGCCAGUGGAGGGGACCUGCACUUAGACCUGCCCACAGGGCAGCAGGAAGGCACUAAACAGUUAUGGGAAAUUCCCCCGUUUGAGACCAAAGGGGUGGUGAGGGCCAGCUUCUCCUCGCGGGACCCGGACAACCACACGGCCUUCAUCAGGAUCAAAACCAACGGCUCCAACGAGGAGGAAUACAUCAUCCUGCCUGUGGAGGUGGAGGUCACACCAGCACCUGGAAUAUAUUCUUCCAUAGAGAUGCUAGACUUUGGUACACUAAGAUCACAAGAUCGACCAAAACAGCUGAAUUUACACCUCCUAAAUUCAGGAACAAAAGAUGUACAAAUAACAAGUGUCCGGCCGACACCAUCAAAUGAAGCGGUCAUGGUACACUCGAAUAAGUCCGUCAUGCUAAAAGCUGGAGGAAAGAAAUAUACCAAAGUUGCAACUAUAAGUUUUGAUGCAUCGAAAACCAGAAGACCAACUCAGUUUUCGGGUAAAAUAACGGUAAAAGCGAAAGAGAAGAGCUAUCCCAAACUGGAAAUACCCUACCAGGCUGAAGUUUUAGAGGGAUACCUGGGGUUUGACCACACGGCCACCCUGUUCUACAUUAGAGACAGCCCAACGGACCCUGUGGAGAGGCCCAUCUCCCUGACCAACACCUUCAACUUCGCCAUCCGCAUCCACAAUGUCUCCUUACCAGAGGAAGCCAAGGUCAUGUUUACGAUCCAGAACUUCAGCAGGCCGGUUCAGAUCCCCCCGCAUGAGUCCCGCUACGUGUUCUCCCUCCUUUUCCGCCCUGUCAGGCCCUCCAUCCACAUUGACAGCAACAUCCUUCUCAUCACCAACGCCUCCAAGUUCCACCUGCCCAUCUGGGCCUACACCGGCUUCCUGGAGCCAGUGGUCUUACCUCCCAGUCUGGAGGAUCAGGUCCUGGACUUCAGCGUGCUCAGUGUCUCGGAUAUCGGGAGCAUCACGUUCGCCGUCAUCAACAGCAACCCCAUCGAGCUGGAGAUCAAGUCCUGGCGGGCCACGGGGGACGGGUUGUCAUUGGAGCGGCUGAAGUCCGAACGGGGGAACAGAACCACUGUGCUGUCGAGGAAGAGAGAGCUUCAGGACGCACCUGCGAGCAACCAGAAGACUAUGAUACUGGCCUCUGGCUAUUACGCUACCUUCAGGGUCACACUGGUGGCCAGGGACCUGAAGGGCAAGCACGAAGGAGCCGUGCACAUCACCACAGAUUACGAGAUAUUAACGAUACCAGUGAAAGCAGUCGUAGCCGUGGGCACCCUGGUCAGCACACCCAAGCACAUCCUCCUUCCCGCCUCCUUUCCGGGGAAGGUGGUCCACCAGUCCCUUGGCGUGCUGAGCUCCUUCACCCAGAAGGUGAAGCUGCAGCAGGUCCUCUCCCUCACAGACGACCCCCGCUUCUACCCCAAGAGGCUGAGGAGCAGCAAGGAUGAGCUGGAGCCCCGGCGCAAGUCGAAGGUAGCAAAUAUUUAUUUUGAUGCUAAGUUGCAAUGUGGGGACCACUGUUAUGUCGGAUUGCCGUUUCAAAUGAAAUCUGAGGCUAAAUCGGCUGCAUUCGUAAUGCAAGAGGAUAAGUGGGAUUCCGAUGUUCAUUUGCAUCAAACACUUCGAAAAAGAUGGAAAGAAAUGAAGGAAAACUUUGGACAUGAGCCAGAGGCUGUGUUUGAGGUCAACACGGAUCUUCAGAAAAAUGUGCAGGCCAAAGUAACAGCCCAGCUAAUGUGGCCUUCGCUAAUCAACUCCUCGCGCCAUAUCCUGUUUCCUCUCACCAACAUCAAAAGCUCCUCGGAGGAGGAGGUGGUUUUGGAAAACCCAGCUGACAUUCCAGUCUACGUUCAGGUCCUCCCUCUGGCUCUGUAUUCCAACCCUUCUGCGCUCACGGAGAAACUAAUGAGCAGGCUCUCUCUGGGUACAUCCUCCAGCAUCAACACCAACACACUGGAGUUCCAGGUCCACAGGAAUCAGACUGUCAUUAAAAGUGCCAGAGGGUUUUCAGAAGCAAUGUCAUCACACCCUUUUGUUUACAAUCUCCUGCUGUUGCCUGGAGAAGCAAAGUCUUUCACAGUGAAGUUCACUCCUGCCAGUAACCAGACGGUCUCCUCCCUCCUCAUUGUCAGGAAUAACCUGACGGUGGUGGACUGUGUACUGGUACAAGGCCAGGGCACCAGCGAGAGCCUGAGAGUCGCUGGCAAGCCGCCAGGGACUGGGAGCUCUCUGAGGUUCAAGAUGACAGAGGCCCUGCUGAAAGACUGCUCAGAGAAAAGUAAAUCCACGGAGCCGAAUUUCACUUUAAGAAAAACAUAUAAAGUUGAAAACACAGGACAGCUUCGGAUUUACAUCCAGUCUACAGAAAUCAGUGGAUACGCAUGUGAGGGAUAUGGAUUCAAAGUUCUCAACUGUGAAGAAUUUGCACUGAAACCAAAUACUUCGAAAGAAAUUGUCAUAUUGUUUACACCAGACUUCACAACCUCUCGUGUGAUUCGGGAACUGAGAUUUGUGACUGCUGGAGGCUCAGUGUUCAUGUUCGUCCUGAACGCCUCGCUCCCUUAUCACAUGUUGGGGGUGUGUGCCGAGGCCCUGCCCAGGCCUAGCUGGGAGCUGGAACUUUACAUCACCAUCUCACUCAUCAUGAGCUCCAUGUUUCUUUUGGUGAUAGCAACAGCCUACCUGGAGGCUCAGGGAAUAUGGGAGCCGUUUAAACGGCGGCUAUGUUUCGAACCCUCCAACACUCACCUGGACACCGGGAGACCCUUUGAUCUCAGGGAAAUCGUACGAAUUCAAACUGAUGCAAACUUGAAUGAACACAGCGAGCCGAACCACGGAGCGGCACGGGGAAUGUACGGUCCGGGCGGCUCUUCCACUCGAGGCGGGGUGGGCAGGCAAGGGGGCCCGCACCCCUCUGGCAACCACAGGGCCUCCACGGAACCCGACGGUCUCAGGUCCAAAAUCGGCUUCGGCAGGCCGCCUAUGCAGCCCGGGACCAGAGGUCUGGAGGGGGGAGGCCGGAAGGCACGAGGCGGCAGGCAUUCUCAGAACCAGAACCAGGCCUCGGGCCUCCUGGAGCAGCAGGCCCCCGUGCCUGCAGUGUCUCAGCAGCUGCAGAAAGCACUCCGACCAGAGGGCGGGACGCGACACAGCUCAGAGGACUCGGACUACUCCAGCCUCGUAGAGGUCAUGGACAAGGAUCUGGAGAGGCCAGGAUCGCCCCCCACGGAGGUGUUCCAGGAGCCUGAGGAGCCCCAACCCACACAUAGCAAAGCCGCAGCAGCUAAAGGGAAUGUGCAGAGGAAAUCCAAGUCUCAGAGGAAACGGGAGGAGCGGGAGAGGAGGGCGAAGGGAAAGCUGCAGGGGGAAGAGCCCAGGGAUGCUCUGAUGGACAACGAGGACAGCUCCUCCACUACCACUGAGACCUCCAACCCUGACGUGGACCUCAGCCUCAAAGAGGAACCGGUAAAAAAGAAAGGCCGGCCUUUACCACUGGAAAAAGAGAGAGAGGACACUCCAACGUUCAACACAAAACCCAACAGCAAGAAACCCUGCAACGCAAAGGAGAGCCUGCCAGAAAUGAAGUCCAGUUCUCUGGAACUGCCCUACGUCACACCUCUGGAAAACAAGCAGCGUAAGAACUUCACGUCAAAAAGCCUUGGGCACGGAACCAUGACCUCGGGCCCGAAAAUGAGGAGCCUACAGAAACAGAAAUCCCUGGUGUCUUGUGGGAAGUUGGAGGACCGCCGCCCUCCUCCUCUGGCGAAGUUCAUCUCCUGCAGUUUUGGCCAGGAGUUUGGCCACAGCAGCAGCUCAGAAGGGGAGAAAGACUCGCCACCUGAAUGGGACUCCGUCCCCCUCCAUAAAUCCCACAGCCCCACAGACAGCCUGCAGCAGAUCUCAUUGCAGACCAUGAACGCAGACCCCUUCCUGAAGAGACCCAUCUCUGCCCUCCACAGGCCCUGCUCUCCUCCCCCAGUCUCCCUGGGCCUCGUGCCACGAGGAUCCUACAGCAGUGUGGUCAACACCAACAGUGAGAUCAGACCGCAGAAGGUGGGCGGAAACAAGAACAAGCUGACAAAAUCGAUCUCCCUGCCCGGCAAGAAUGGGAACCCAACGUUUGCAGCUGUCGCAGCGGGUUAUGACAAAAGCCCAGGUGGCAGUGGUCCAGUUAAAGGAGCCACCAGCAAGGCCGAAGCCCUGGGGAAGAUGAGCCAUCCUUACACAACAUCAGUCGAGAGUGACUGCUCGGAUGGUUCUGGGUUGUGGAGCCCCAUUGAAAACCCCAGCAUGGACUACAACUCCCAGAAUUCCUUCUCAGCAUUUGGACCCAACAACAACUUCAACCUGUCUAGAGUCUUCAGCAUGGCCUUCCCAAAGAGUCAGGACCCUCCGCAGAAUUGGGCUAAACCCGGCCCUGUGUCUCCUUCCAUCUGGGACGCCCCCAGCAGUCAUGCCCUGCACUCCUGGCCCACAGUUUCUGGGUCUCCUACGGCGCCUACUGCGCCCAUUCUCAGCAGCACCGGGAGCCUCUGGUCUGCCCCCACUCCAUUCAGCAGCUCCAUCUGGUCCGCCAGCAUGGACAACAGCCUACAGUCCUUAACCCCGCCUUCCACCGCUCCUCUCUGUCACCUGAUUGGCUGCUCGGAGAACAACUGCCCCGUGCCGGCCCCACCUCCCACCCCCCCGGCUGCGAUCCGUCAGCACACCUACGACCCCUGGAACAUGUGGCGGCCCACCUUAAGCAGGCGCUGCUCUGAGCCAUGGCCCAACCACUCUAAGAGCAACCAAUGAGCAAUCUGUCCGCCUCUGAACAGGAUUCCAACGACAUGGACACUUUUUUUAAAAUUUGUUUUUAGAGCAAAAUUUUUACCCAGCCAGUUAACACGCAAUUGAGUUUUUUUUGGACGGGUAGCCCCUAAACAACACCUUCAAAACACAGAUUGUACUUGUCAUAAAAGUAUGUAAUGCUGCUUUUCAUAAAUUUGCCAAUUUUUCUGUUUAAACUACAGCAACCCCCUAGUUUCAAUCCAAGAAGAACUUGAGUCAUAAGGACCGAUAUUGCCCUCAUAGGGAUGUUUUUUUAUGCUUCCCCCUUUGUAAGUAUAGUAAUACUGCAUUGUUUUGGUGCUGUAUGAUACAGUAUUACUCUCUUUAAGAAAGCACUUUGUGUAAAGUCUGGUAAUUGCUCAGAGCAUAUCUUGGUUAAACAGUUUGUGAUGCUAAGUUGUAUUUUGGAAAAGUAGCAAGCUGUCAAUGGGCAAACUUGAAUUGUGGAUACUGCAGUUAUUGCCACUCUGUGUUGGUCAUCAUGACCCUGAAGCUCUGUGACCUUGCUAGUAUCAAUCUUUGAAUUGAAAUUGAAAUUGCAACCCUUAUGGCCAAAUCUUGAUGCAUUGUGGUAUUUCAUGUUUUUUAUUAUUUAUUUAUUUUAUUUUAUUUUAAAAGCCAGAUCCUGCUCACAGUAAAAAAGAAAAAAAAAUUGAAUAAAUAAAUUUUCCACUGA